AUGGGCGACGACUUUGAGCAACACCCUUCGGAUAUGACCAAAGCUAUCAUAAUGAGGAUGCAUCCGGCAUCUACGCGGCAAUUGUUUCACUUCGCUAAGUUUACUCAAACAGGAGUUCUAACCUCUUGGGAGGACGGUUUGGAGGGACGAGUAAGACCUUACAAUUUGACUAAUAUUAGAACACCUGUGUCUAUCUGGUACGGAGAGAACGACCAGCUCACGGAAAAGUCUCAAAUCCUACGUCUUGCCAGCGCGUUGAAUGAGACCGGCACUUUACACUCCGUGACACCAGUGGCUUGGAACAAGUUCAACCAUUUAGAUUUUGUGUUUGCCAAGGACGUAGGGAAGAUACUGAACGUACCACUAGUAGCUCAUGUUAAGGAACUAUUCGAUGAAUACGAUAAAGAAUGA